AUGUCUUCAGGGGCACCGUCGGGCUCUUCCAUGUCAAACAGCACACCUGGGUCUCCACCGCCACGUGCUGGCGGACCGAACAGUGUUUCGUUCAAGUAAGCUAUAUUUUGCGAGAGAUUCCGAACAACCAAACAGUUUCAGAGAUCUGUGUUGUCUGUUUUGCUGUCCGCCGUUCCCGUCUUCCAUCGUUUCGAAGCUGGCGUUCAUGCCGCCGGAGCCCAGUUAUACUAUCAGCGAAGAUAACAAGCUGAUACUGAUCGAGGGGAGAGCCGCGUGGCCACACGAGCCAAGCUAUCUGGCCCAGUGUGUCGAAAUGAGAGUGGCGAGAACACGCCGCCGUAACCGAGUCGCUUGCACGAUGAUCCGUGCAGUUCCAGAUGCUCAUUAUACUCUGCUCUUCUCGCAUGGAAACGCAGUCGACCUCGGUCAGAUGUCAUCGUUCCUGUACGGCCUUGGAUACCAUUUGCAAUGCAACGUGUUCAGUUACGACUACUCGGGAUAUGGAUGCUCGACCGGAAAGCCAUCGGAGAAGAACUUGUACGCCGACAUCACGGCAGCUUUCGAGUUGCUCAAGACAGAGUUCGGAGUUCCGAAGGAGAGGAUCAUUCUGUACGGACAAUCGAUUGGAACUGUUCCGAGUGUGGACCUUGCGAGCCGCGAGAUGGUCGCAGCUCUCGUCCUUCACUCUCCACUUAUGUCCGGAAUGCGCGUCGCUUUCCCCGGAACAACGACUACUUGGUGCUGUGAUGCGUUUCCGUCGAUUGAGAAGGUGCCACGUGUCAAGUGCCCAACACUCGUGAUUCACGGAACGGACGAUGAAGUCAUCGACUUCUCUCACGGAGUCUCCAUUUACGAAAGAUGCCCUGCAUCAGUCGAGCCACUCUGGGUUCCAGGUAUCGUGUUUUUCUUUAUUUUUCGCUUAAAGUCAGAAAUUUUUGUGUAUUUGAUCAGAAGACAAAAUCAAAUAUGAUUUCAAAUGACGUAUAUUUGUAGGUGCCGGCCACAACGACGUCGAGUUGCACGCCGCCUAUCUGGAACGUCUUCGUAGUUUCAUUGAACUGGAGGCCGCUUCCACUCGAAUCAACGCUCCGAUCACCAACGGAUCCACGAACAACGGAAGUUCGAGCGUUUCGAACGGAACUUCCGCCUAG